AAUACAUGCCAAGAGCUUCCUCGUUGUGGAUAAAAAAAACUUCCCGUUUUUACGUUCAAUUUGAUCAAAGCUACUUUGUAAAGUUUUUGAGAUAUGUUGAGAUGUUUUACUAAAUGUCUUUUGAAAUCCUUGAGGACCUAUCUGAAUUUUUUCCUCGAUUUCUGACGUCAUGGUGUUUGACACUGAUCAUGGGUCAACAGAAUCAGAAGCCAUCAGGAGUUCAGCGGGCGAUGAGCGCGGCAGUGAAGGCAACAGUGACGGUGACGUCACAGCCGACGCCCCAGUGUCCGGGGCUUCUGUGUCGAGCUCACCGCCGAAUGACACUAAAAUGUCCAUGGAGGACAAGCGCUCCCGCCUGUUCAGAAGCGCGACGAGCGGAGGCAACCUGACCCCGGGCUCCGGCGGGCGCAAGAAGAACUCCCUGGUGUCGGCGGCGGAGCGCCCGCUGUCGGCGCACGAGCUGCCCGCGCAGAGCCCCACCGCGCUGGAGGUAAACACACAUGUAGGACUUGACAACUUUACUAUUUUAUAAC